CUUUAGGAUCAGAGAGAAGGGUGUUAUUUGAUAUAAACGAGGAAGGCAGUGAGGUUUUUGUUCUACGUUUAUUAAUUACUUCGUUUAUUAGCUUCCAAGUUGUUUUGUGAUCGUUUUUUGCAGUUUCAAAUUUAUUCUCAUAAUAUGUUUUCUUAGCAAUCUUAAUCAAAUGUGUAAGCUUGUUUUUGUAUUUCUUGUAUUGUCUUUCUUUGACAGGACUUCGUGAAAUAAUGAACUUUUUACAGAGUUUAUUCUUUUUCCUAACACAGGUUAAUAGCCCUCUUGUCAUCCAAGGUGUUAAUGGUUUGUUCGAGUUUUUGCUCUGACUGAUUUAGAAGGAAAGCUAAGAUCAUAUAAUCUAGCAAAUUCAUACUGAAAAGCAUCGAAAGCACUGUCUGCGUCUUGAUUAGGGAGAUUUUCCCAAUUGACAUUAGUAAGAUGUGAACGAAUGCUCAAAAAGUUCGAUUAAUUUAAAUGAGUAAGUAUGAUAAUCUAUAAACAUUGUUUUCUUCCUUCACUUAGUGGUCUUUCAAUCGUCAAUAAUCUGGGUAUCCUAAAGUCUGGUUCUCGUGGUCCAGUUAUUCAUGACCUGAUCAACAUGACUGCUUUACGUCGUAAUUUAGAUAUGUGCUUAGAACGAUUGCCCACCCUCCUCAAUCUUGAUGCUAAAAAAUCUGCUCCUGCAACAAUUCUAUUACCAUCAGUUUUAUCUCAGUUACGUGCAUUGUCUAUAGCCUCGGAAACGAACAGCGUAGUGUCAAGUCGGGACGAAAACUUUCCAGAAACAAUGAAUUAUGCAUUACAACAGGCAAGUCAUUUAAAUUUAAAAAAUUAUUUUGUGGGAAAUUAAAAAAAGCAAUUUAAUUGCGCUGAACACAGACGCAUGCGCUCCGAAAAGCAAUUUUUGAAUGUCAAUUUUCCAAGUACACCCUCUGCCUUUUGUAAUCACAACUUUCUGGAUGCAAUGCGGUGCAGACUAUAUAUAAUAGGUGCAUCGACGUCUGCACCUGCAUUGCACCCAGAAUGUUGUGAUUACAAAAGUUGUGGUUCCAGCAUCCCUGCAUGAAAGCAGCGUAAUUAUAUGAUAACAUAUUUUUAUAUGAUUUGCAUAAUUAUAUGAUAACGUAUUUUUGAAUGUCAGUUUUCCACAAAUCACUUAGGGUCUAUAUUUUCUACUUCAAUGAGUAAAAUUUUCAAAUAUUAUGUAAAUAUGUAUAAUUUUUUUAAGGAGUGUGAAUGGUUUAAUGCAAUUCUUUUCCAUAUUCGCCAAUCCUUAUACAACUUGGAAGAGUGUGUUUUACGCGGAUCGCAUGCUUUGCCUUCAUCGAUGAAUGAUGUUGUUAUUCCAUUGCAAUAUGGCUUGGUACCAUGCGCUUGGCUUCAUGUGAACUGGCAACCUCCAUCACACUCACUUGAUUCUUGGUUAGAAGGUAAGAAUACCCAACUCCAUCCCGCCGAAGUCUGAAAUAGGAGCAAUAGAGUAUUUUUUAUCGUCUCUGCACAGUUUAAUGACAAGUAAUCGUGUUUCAUUGUGGGCAUUAAACCGCAAACGCGUAGCACAAGUCUAUUAAAUUUUGCAGAACAUCUCUUAGGUACUCUCUAUGAGUGUAACGUGCAGGGUUUUUAUAGUAACAAUUAAGCAAUAUUCUUUAUGAUUCAAAUAAAGAGUAUCAAUGAAAAGUGUUGGGUAUAAGUCACGCUGAAAAACAAUCGAAUAUAGGACCGGUAUAUGGAGAACGAUGGUAUUAUAUAGAUAAUUAAUUUUAAAUUGUACUUAAGCGGUAUAUAUAAGCAUUUUAUUAUCGCCCAAACCAAACAACCAAACGAUUUUAACCCAACCUAUGAACCUGGUUGAAUUUUUUUCUAGAAUUUCAAAAAUGUCAUACACAACUAGAGACCUGGAUUGGCAAACGCUAUGUACCAAAUCCAGACCAGGAAUUGUCGUUUAGACGUGGUACGCUGAACCAGAUCUGGCUUGGAGGGCUUGUUGACCCAGCAGCCCUAGUUGCCUCGUUGAAACAUGAAAAAGCAGCUAGCUGUGAAUGCUCAAUUGAAGAUGUAAGUGUUAGUACAUUCACUGUAGUUUGAAGAAUAUGAAUUGUAGAAACUAAAUUCGAUACUAAAUCAAUAAUCCCCGAGCCAACGGCGCGGAGCGCCGUUCCGGGCGUAAGCCCGGGGCGACGGUAUACUAAUUCCGCACGGCUAUUUACACCCGGGGAAACGAAAGCAUUAGCGAAGUCUAAAGUUCAUCAAUGAUCGCGGGCGUGGGUAACCAACGGUGGGUGGUCAUCCUCACUGAUCUCAAAAUAUGUGGUGGGCUGUCAUGAAUAGCGAACACUGAUUGGUCAAGUUUCAAAUUUGUUGUUGUAUGACAAAUGAUGACAGCGUUAACAAACAUUUCUUGCAACUAUAUAUUGUAUUUUUGUAAGGUUUUGCAAAUUUCAAAACCUUUUUGAGAGCCGAAAACCGUCUAAAAACGUCUAAAAGAAUGGAGCAAAGUCGCCGACGUUAAUGAAGGUAACUUUGUUUUUAGUAUCGCCGUAUUGUUUGCUUUAUAAUUGCUUUAAAAACUGAUACGAUCCGUUGCGUUUAGUAAAGUGACAAUAAUUUCAGUGUAUUUUUGUAUAUUAAAAUAUUUAAAUAAAGAGGAAAGCAAAGUUAUUUUCAUGCAAGAAUUUGAAAUCAGUUUAUUUCAAUUUUCAAACUCAAUGUUUACCGAUAAAAGGCAGUUCAAUAAGAACAUUUUAAAACGUUUUGCGAAGCGUUUGUGAUUGAAUUUUACAUUAAAUUGAAGCUAUAUAUAUAUCAUAACAUAUAUAUGUUUGAGGAAUUGAUCAUUUUGUAAUUAAAAGUGAUAUUUGGGGGGGAUUUUUCAAUUUUCAAACUAUUCUUAAGAUUAUUGUUUUAUAAUAGUUUUGUUUGUGGAAACACCACGUAAAUUUAUUACUGCAACCAUGACAAUACUUGGAAAACAUAAUGGUUUUGUCAGCAAGGCGAGGGUUUCUGCGUGCAUGUAUUUUCUAGUUAGAAUGUUUUGCUUUUCACCUCGUUCGCCAUGAGCUUCUUUAAAAACUUUUUUACAACUCAUUGCAACCUGUUGUGAUCGUUUUUAUCUUAAUUGUUAACAAAAUCACGACCUUUAAAUAACUUAACUUUUUGUAAAGAGCAUGUAAGAAGCCAAUCAUACAUAAACAUUUAUUUUUAGCAGGUAAAAUUGUUCAUAAUAAUAAUAAUAAUAAUAAUGGAAACUUUAUUGAAAUUAUAUACGUAUAUAUACAAUUAUGAAUCUCACUAAUUUAGGUAAUUUAUAAUUGUCUACUUGAACCUACUUAUAUAUAUAUAUAUAUAUAUAUAUAUAUAUAUAUAUAUAUAUAUAUAUAUAUAUAUAUAUAUAUAUAUAUAUAUAUAUAUAUAUAUAUAUAUCCCACAAUCGUGAGGCAUCAAAGGUAACUGUAAAUAGCAGUUACUUUCAUCCUGCUCAUCAGCACUACACUGAUGAGGACCAUAAGGCCGAAACGGUAGAAAUGAAUGGCAGAAACUGAAUGGCAGAAACAAAAUCAUGGCGAUGAAUACUUGGGCUGUUGCGCUGCUGAGGUACGAAGCUGGUGUUUUGAAAUGGACAAAAGAUGAAAUUGCUGCAAUGGAUCACAAAACACGUAAACUGAUAAUGUAUGGUGCUCUUCACCCAAGAAGCGGCAUUCAUGGAUUAUAUUUACCAAGGGAAAAGGGCGGAAAAGGUUUGAUCAGUUGUGAAGGAUGCAUUCGUACAGAGGAGAACAGUUUGGGAUGGUAUGUAAAGAACAGUGUGGAACCACUUUUACAACAAGUUGGAAAGACAGGUGUGAUUGAAACGGAAAGAUGCGAAACAAAAGAACAUUUUAAGAAGAAAGCAGUAGAGGAGCUAGAGAAAGCCUGGAUUGACAAGAAAAUGUAUGGACAAUAUAACAGAAGAAAGAAGUGGAUAGGGAGAAGACAUGUUGGUGGUUGAAGAAAGGAGACUUGAAACCUGGGACUGAAGCACUUCUGCAUGUGCUGCACAAGAACAAGCUGUAAGGACAAAUUAUGUAAAGUUUCACAUAGAUAUAACUGUUGAGUCUCCACUCUGUAGACUUUGUUAGGAAAAGGGAGAGCAUAUAACACACUUGAUAAGUGAAUGCAAGAAGCUAGCACAAAAAGAAUACAAAAGAAAACAUGACAAUGUGGCUCGCAUUGUACACUGGAAGCUAUGUGGUUUGCAUCAACUAGAGAAAGCUGAAAAAUGGUAUGAACACCAACCAAACGGUGUAAUUGAAUCAGAUAAUGUAAAGAUUCUCUGGGAUUUUAACAUACAGUGCGAUCAUGUGAUUGAAUGUCGGAGACCUGAUAUUGUAGUGGUUUUAAAGAAGGAAAAGGAGUGCAAGAUCAUAGACAUCUCAUUCCCAGGGGACUGUAGAAUUGGUAUAAAAGAAACAGAGAAGGUAGAAAAGUAUGAGGAGUUGAAAAGGGAAAUUCGGAAAAUAUGGGCAAUGAAAAAAGUAGAAGUCAUUCCAAUAGUAGUAGGUACCUUAGGAGCAGUUCGUAGUAAACUGGAUAAAUGGAUUGAGAAAUUGGGAAUACAUAUAAGAAUAGAACUUCUACAAAAAACAGCAUGUAGGACUUAAGCCAGGCGCAUACGUAGGACGUAACCCGAUUUAUGGCUUAAGUGCAUGAUAUUUAACGGAGCCAAUACAAGGAUCGAGGAUAAUGAGCCCACAAAUCAUACCACUGACUGUUUCUCGUUCUAAUAUGCAUCUAAACCAUAACUCGGCCGACCAAAAUCGCAUCGUGUACGCCAGGCUUUAUAAUGUACAUCAAAUUGUCUGGUAUUUUAAUACUUCAUAAAACACCUUCUAAAUUUUCACCCUAUGAAUUCAAAUUGCGUUUUAAGCUUUCCCAUUUUUGUCACUUUUAAAGUGGUUUUUAAAAACAACCCUCCUGCACUCUAAAAUUUACUUUUCAAAAUAAUCUUAGUGGUAAGGAUACUAGCAGACCCCCGAACUACCCAUACUUGCAUAAAUAUUUCACAAAUUUUGCGGAAUUUGCCGUUUAGCGAACAUUUUUUAAUUGUGCACUUUUUAGAUCUCCUGUAUGAGGAAAUACUACAAACCAUUAAGUCUGAAAAUCUGAAAAUACGGUAUAUAAAAAAUAAUAAAAUAAAAAUAAUAAAAACUAUAAUAAAAAUAAUUUAACUUAAAAAAUAAUUCGACUUAUCUAUUAUCAUAGUAACAAUAAUAAUAAAAAUAAUUCGACUUCUACAUUUUUAAAACAAGGGCACCAUGCAUGCACGUACAAAAAUGGAAUCGUCCAAUGUGGUGUCAGCAUGCAUGAGAUCACAUAACCACAUUCAACGCCACAAAAUUGGUUCAACUACGUUUCUACCACAAUCUCAGAUGUCCUUAAAUGAACUAAUAUAUUGUAUGCUUGUGGUCUUUAACGUGACUCGAUACAUUGAUCCUCAAUUAGGAAUCAACGAAGCAAUAGGAUAUUUUAGAGUGAUUUUCAUAUCGUGUGUUGAACGAAUUAUGUGUUAGCAAAAGCAGAUGCAUCAAACAAAAGUAGGAUGUUUGUGUGAUGUUACUCUGAGUGUAUAUCCACACCGGGCAGGCUUGAAAAAUAUGCCUGGCCACGGCGGGAUUCGAACCUACGACCUUUGGAAUACUAGCCCAAUGCUCUUCCAACUGAGCUACGCGGUCAGGACGGUUCGAGUAUGCGAUAUUUCGUAACUGAAUCUAGUUCCUUCGAUAUCAGUGUAAUCUAAUAAUCAUGAAAUCUGCUGUGUUGGUGUAAAGUACUCCAAAGGUCGUAGGUUCGAAUCCCGCCGUGGCCAGGCAUAUUUUUCAAGCCUGCCCGGUGUGGAUAUACACUCAGAGUAACAUCACACAAACAUCUUAUUCACCUGAGUACUUUACACCAACACAGCAGAUUUCAAAAAUAGGAUGUUUAAUAAUGUGAAGGGAGUAUCGCCGAAUUCUCAAUUCUACACAACGACUAUUUUGAAAUACCGUUUAAAAAUCGAUCCCUUUUGAACAUGCACUAAGUGAAAUUACAUUGGUGCAGUGCAAUUUUGGUCUAAAAUCAAACUUAAUUGCACGUAGUAACAAGUUUGAUUUUAGGCCAACUGGCAAUCCAUUCAGUUCAAUUACCAUUGUUGAUUGCUCAAAAUCUAUUGUAUCACAAGUCCAUAUAUCGGUGUUAUGUGGUUAAGGUUUCUAGUAUUUAUUUUCUUUCUUGAAAUUGUUUAGGUUACUCUAGUUUCCUAUGUUGGGAAAAAUUCUUUCGACGAUGACGAGGAACCUGGCGAAGGAAUCACCUUAACUGGAUUAUACAUAGAAGGUGGAUUGUGGGAAAUAAACGAAGGUCUAAUUCCAUCAAGGUACAUAUUAUUAUUAUUAUUAUUAAUAAUAUAGAUUAAUUACGAUAGAGCAUUUCUAUAAUUCAGGGCUUGAAAUAGCGGGCUGUCAAUGGCCAAAAGCAGGCCAUAUCUUAAAAAUCGCAGGCAAAAACAAAUUUGAACUGCCAAGUAAAAAAAAAUGACAGGAGAAAUUCUAUAGAUAUAUAUUUCAUUUCAUUUGCUUACCACAACUCAUAUAUACUAGAUCAUUUACUGACUAAAUACGUUUAUAUUUGAAAUGUAAAUCCAAGUUUACUGUAGUUAAAAUGGACAAGAUUAAAAAUAUUAAUAAAAAUGCAUGUCAUGAAAACAUUGAUUUUUACAAUAUGACUAUGAGACAUCGCCAUUUUGGCAGUUCAAUGAAUAAAAAUGGCAGGCUCAAUUUAUUUUACCUGCCAAAAAAUUUUAGACUGGCAGGCCAUAUUUUUUCACUAGUUAUAAUUACCUUAUAUAAUUACAACGAUUAUGUCAACGAUUUUCACAAAAAUUUUAAUUUUUACGUUAAAAAGUGUAUUCUAGAGCACCUCGGAAUCUGUCUGCGUUGUUAUUGAGUUGUAUGGUUUUGUAGAUAGAAAUUUCGAGCGAUUCUAUAUUGCCGUAUUUGAAAAUGUUACGGUAUGCUUCUGGUGUCAUUUGUGUAGUAUUCGAUAUAUAUAUUUAUUUUGCUGGGAUUUUUUUCAACUUUAGCACUCCACUAUCAACGAUCCCUGACGUAUGUGUUAAAGCUACAUAUGUUGGAGACAGGAAUAAGGAGACUGAAAUUAUUUAUAAUUGUCCAUUGUAUCGAAAUAGGGUAAGUUUUCAGUAUGGUAGACCAUUGAAAGUAAAUAUCAAAUUUGAACGAUUUAAAUGAAGUGCCUCGCCAAUGAAAAUGGCGUUAUCGUAAUUAUAAUUAUAUUUGAAACAAUACAGAACUGGUCUUUAUAUAUAGUUUUCACAUUUUGCUGUCGAGAUACUGAUGUUGUUGGUGCAUAGCGUAUGGCGUUAGGCAAUCUCGUUCCCAGAGUAUGCCUGUUCGCGGGUUAUGUAGUGGCAUGCCACUACAUAACCCACGAAUAGGCAUACUCUGGGAACGAGAUUGGGCGUUAGGCAAUGGUUUAAUGUAUUGAAGAUCGAAAAUUUGCAAUAGUUACUGUAUUCAGUUUUCAACAUUUCAGAGGAUUUAAGUGAGCCAUACUUUUACCAUGCAUGCAAUCAUAUUAUUUAUACCUAUGGUGUUCUUAUUGUUUUAGUCGCGUCAGUAUAGUCCUUUCAAACUGCCACUGAAAUGUUCUGGUUGUCCUGAUGACCUCCUCCUGAAAGGUGUUGCACUUAUUAUUGAUCCGGGCGAAAUUCAUGGCUCGUGGAAAUUACAGCAUCGUGCCACCAAGUAAAUCGCUAAACUUGUUAAAUGUGUGUACAGUUUUUAUAAGUACUCCGUUAUUUAUUUAUUUACAGAGCGUUCCAUAUUAUAUAACGUUUGUUACAUGACUAUAAUUUAUUUGCAUAGUUUACAUUUUUUAUGCUUCAUUAUCACAAAUUAUUUUGUUUGUUGUAAAAUUAAUUGAUACAUAUAUAGUUACAUGAUAUUUGAAUAAAAAGAUUAUUCGUC